CUGUGUACAGCAGACUUUACAGGCAGCUCCCUCACUGUCGCCGGUUCUGUCUCCAGGCCCUCACCAUGCUGCCCUGCCACUAUGGGGGUACAACUGACCUUCCUUGAUGACUGAGGUGCUGUAUUUAAGCAGUGAAGAUGGCUAAGGAGGAUCCCUGUGGACAGCUCAUUGACCAUUCCCACAUCCCUGACUUUGAGGUCCGGCUGGUGGUGAAAAUCUCCUUGACUGUAAUCUAUGGGAUUAUUUUCCUGGCUGGCAUUGUGGGGAACAGUGUAACAAUCCAGACCACCAAGUUGCUGAGGGACAAAGGUUACCUUCAGAAGGGAGUGACGGACCACAUGAUCAGCCUGGCCUGCUCCGACCUGCUGGUCAUUCUGCUGGGGAUGCCAGUGGAGUUAUACUCAGUCAUUUGGUUUCCCUUUUCCUCCUCAUAUGGGAAUAUCACCUGUAAGGUGUACUGCUUCCUUUUCGAGGCCUGCAGCUAUGCCACCAUCUUCCAUGUGGCCACUCUCAGUUUUGAGCGAUACAUGGCAAUUUGUCAUCCCUUCCGCUUCAAGGCUGUGUCAGGCACAUGGAUGGUGAAGCUGAUGAUUUGCUUUGCUUGGCUGACCUCUGUGUGUGUGGCACUGCCCUUGAUUUUUGCCAUGGGGGCAGAAUAUCCUCUGAGCCCUAUGUCUGGUCGGCACUCACAAUGCAACACGUCCACAUCAUUUCACAUGAAUGGAAACUUUACCCUGUGCACCAACCUCCAUUCUAAGUGGCUUGCAUUUCAGGCCAGCAUCUUCAGCGCUUUUGCAGUCUACAUAGUUGUGCUGGUCUCUGUGGCUUUUAUGUGUCGGCGAAUGAUGGUCAUUUUGAUGGUGACGAAGAAAGGAACAAUCACUGUGAAGGGUCAGCCUGGCACUAGUGUGACCACUGAAAUGACCAAAAGUGACUGCUCCGAAGCCAGAUCUGCCCGCAAACAGACAACAGUCUUCUUAGGCCUGAUAGUUCUGACUCUUACUUUCUGCUGGAUGCCCAACCAGGUUCUCCGCAUCAUGGCAGCCAGUGUACCCAAGCAGGAAUGGACAGUCCACUACUUCCGGGCCUACAUGACGCUGCUCCCAGUCGCUGACACCUUCUUCUACCUCAGCUCUGUGGUGAAUCCACUCUUAUACAAUAUUUCUUCCAAACAAUUCCGAGACGUUUUCCUUCAGGUCCUUCGUUGUCACCUGACACUGGAGCAUGUCAACGUAGAAAAGCUCCGCAGAGCUCACUUAAACUCUGCUGCCAGCGCUAACUACAAGCGGCCUCUGAUCUCCAUGUCCUUUAAAAGACACAGCAUGGCCACCCACCAGAACUCAUGCCAGACCUCUAGGAAGCAACCCGGGCAGGAGAGCAGAGGAGUGCCAAUGACCUCACAGCAAGAUCACACAGCAAUAAUGGUGCAGGCGACAUCUGGCAGGAAUGGCCUUUGUGAAAGUGAAAUCUGAGGCAUUCUGAUCCGAGCAUUCACGAGCCUUGUGACACACAAGAGCAAAGUCAUCGGGAAUAAUCUACUUGUGCUUUUAUUGUCAUUACAUUGAUCUAUAGAGCCAACAUAUUUUAUAGCAAAGGACAAAGAAAGAGUGAAGACAAGCAGCGUAACACACAAGUCAGACACUGGGUGAGAUACAAGAUGGAGACAGGGACGCGGGGACGUACAUAGUGGGAAGGGAUGCGCGGAUGUACAAAAUGGUGGGAAGGGACACGGGGACAUAGAACAUGGUGGGAAGGGAUGCGUGGAUGUACAAAAUGGUGGGAAGGGACGCGGAAACGUAGAACAUGGUGGGAGAAAACAUAAAAAUACAAUGGCAAGAGGCAUGACUGGAGACAUUGCUAUGUCUUAAGGAUUUGGUGCUGGAUCUCAAUGGCAAAGGAUAGAUUACUGCAGAUACAUGGAAACAAUGUCCCUAAUAAAAUUUCAUAAUGGUCUUCUGACGUUAUUUCGAUUUACAAAAUUACAGAAUCAAUCAAGCCAGAGAUAGUGUAGGCGAGAGAGUGAUACACGGCCCCAUUAUUCCGAGCAAUUCCUACUUCCAACGUUGGCAGCAUGUAGCUCAUGAAGUUAGUCAUGUGUCCACAGUUGGCCUGGUGGGUAAAAGGGGUGAUUUAUCAGAGUUUCAGGAAUGGACGAUUAUUGGUUUUCGGGGCCCCGGGUGGCGGUAUUUCUGACACUGUGCAGUGUGAACAGUUCUCUGCUGCUGUGGUGAAAGUAUACAGAUUGGACAAAUGGCAGCAAUGUAAAUAAGACAUGUUAAAAACUGUUGUGACCACGUGCCAUUGAAGGGGGAAUUGAACGUCAGCUAUGAAGGUGCGCGAGGGCAGGCUGACACGCUACAGUGGAGCAGCUAACUGCUAAAAUGAACUAGAUGCAGGUCUAACAGACUAGUUCAGAGAACCCUAUUGCGUAUGGGGCUCUGGAGCAGAUGGAAAGUCCCUGCACCUCUGAAGCCUUUUCUGCAAUGAGUCACAUUUUCGGAUGGAUGUUGGCGUCUCAGGAGAGAAACAUCAGAUAACAAUCAUCCUGCAACCAUUGCUGAAGGACACAAGCCGGUGGUGGCAGCAUUGUGGUUGGGGGGGGAGCUUUCAUGGCAUUCUCGGGGCCGUUCAUGCAUGUGGAAGGCACUCUCAGCCGAUUUGGGUAUGAAUUGAUCUUUGCAGAUCACGUACACCAAUACAUGCUGAUUGUCUCCGCUGGGGAGGAUUGGAUCUUCUAGCGCGACAUGUCACACGGCUAGUAAUGUCUGAUAUUGGUUGGAAUAGUAUGACCAAGACUUCCAAGUACUACCCCGGCCCCUAAUUCCCAAAAAGUAAACCCAACUGAACCACUGAGGUGUUCCCACAGAUGCUAUGGUCGCUCUAUGGAUCCGCUGUGUCCACUCCAGCAGCUGUGGGACCACCUCGAUGUAUGUGUUCGCUCUAUAGAUUCUCUCCACACACCCCCUCCAGUAACUAUGAGACCACCUAAAUCGGGAAUCCUCAAACUGCGGCCCUCCAGCUGUUGCAAAACUACAACUCCCAGCAUGCCCAAGCAGCCUACAGGUUUCAGCCUACAGCAGGGCAUUGUUGGAGUUGGAGUUUUACAACAGCUGGAGGGCCGCAGUUUGAGGAUGCCUGACCUAGAUGCUUGUUUUUGCUCUAUAGAUCUCCCCCACGCUCCCUCUAGCAGCUGUGGCACCCCGAUGGUUGUGUUCACUCCAUGGACCCUCUCCCACGCCCCAUCCAGCAUCUGUGGGACCACCUCGAUGGUCAUGUUCACUUUCAAGAUCCUCCCUCACGCUGGCUCCAGCAUCUGUGGGACUACAUCCAUGGUUGUGUUCGCUCUAUAGGUCCCCCCCCCCCAUGCCCCCUGCAGUAGCUAUGAGACCACCUUGAUGGUUGUGUUUGUUCCAUUGGUCCUUCCCCACGCUCCCUCUAGCAACUGUGGGACCACCUCGAUGGUUGUGUUCACUCUAUGGAUCCUCUCCCCCUCCAGCAGCUGUGGGACCAUCUCGAUGGUCAUGUACGCACUAUAGAUCCUUCCCCCACUCCUUCCAGCAGCUGUGGGACCACCUCAAGGGCCAUGUUCGCUUUCUAGAUCCUUACCCAUGCCCCCUAGCAUCUGUGGGACUACCUUGAUGGUCAUGUUUGCUUUCUACAUCCUCCCUGACACCAGCUCCAGCAUCUGUGGGACUUCAUCCAUGGUUGUGUUUGCUCUAUGGGUCCUCCCCCACACCACCUCCAUAGUCAUGGUUGCUCUAUGGAUUUCCCUGUGCCAACUCCAGCAGCUAUGGAACCACCUUUAUGGUCAUGUUCACUCUAUAGCUCCUCCCCCUCUUGCAUCUGUGGGACAACCUCGAUGGUCAUGUUCAGUCUAUGGAUCCUCCCCACACACACUGUCCAGCAGCUGUGGGAACACUGUUAUGGUAAGAACCUUAUUGAGUCACCCUAGCCUGUCUAGCUGCUGUCUGUGCUGCAUCCAGAGGUUACUCAGUAGCUGCUGCUCAGAAUAAUGGGAGUCGACUAUGUCGAUAGACAUCAGAUAGAUGAUAGAUCUGAGAUGUACCAGGAAUGUACAAAGGCUUCAUCUCCAUUUUCUGCUUGAACGCAGGGCACAAGGUAAGUGAGAGGAAUAGGAAGAUCGGUGAUGAUGUUGAGAGCAAGGGGAUGAUGCGGGUUUCUGGCAGACUGGCUCUUUGUCUCCUUUUCUGAAUUGUAAUAUGUAAGACCC